AUGGAGGUCGGAUGCUCUAGCUUCAACUGGGAGAUUUCUCCAACAGUGUGCCAGAUGCGGAAGAGCGAAACACAAAAUUAUGACACAAUCCUCUGCCUUGGAUUGUCGGAAUGGCAAGUAAUCUGUAAUGGUGGUGUCGGCUGGAGUGUGGAGGCCAAUCCAAAUGGAUCAGAUCCUGGUACGGUUGGAUGCUGGGCAGCAUCAUUUGGCAAAUGUGCAAAGUACCAGGUGGUGGACCUUAUGGCUGCAGGCUGCAGUAAACAUGUGUUGGACCACUUCCGACCAGCAAUACAUGUGUCCGAAUGGCAUUCAGGUCGAGGAAACAUUGAGGCAGAGUACAAUAUGACGGUAGAACUCAUGUCAAAUAAGGGAGACACUUUUUGGAUAGCUCCCUCAGGAAAUAUGAGAUACUCUGUUGAUGUCACUUUACCCGCGGGCAGAAGUGACUGGCAUCAGAUCAAGCAUACGUUCCAGGAUUACCCCAUGGGUAUACGGUUUGUUGGUUUCUACCACAGUGGCAAAAACAAGGAAUACAGUUUAAUGGAAAAGGGCCCCAAAAUGACCCUCGCAUCGGUGAUAUUGGACUUCAAACAUGUUGCUGGUCCGGCAGAGAGCAGAGAUGAUGAUGUCUAG